AUGGCUGCUGUCACUGAUAGAGGUCCUUCACCCAGAGAGAACAACCAAGGGUGGAAGAUGCAGCCAAAUGACUUCAAAAGAAAUUAUUUGCCUGUACAAUAUCCAAACAUGGUGUACCUGCUGUAUGAAAUCAGAUGGAGCACAGGUACCAUCUGGAGGAACUGGUGCUCAAAUAAUUCUACCCAACAUGCUGAAGUCAACUUCUUGGAAAAUCGUUUCAAUUCCAGGCCAUCAGUUUCUUGCUCCAUCACCUGGGUCCUAUCUACCACUCCCUGUGGGAAAUGUUCCACAAAAAUUCUGGAGUUCCUGAGGUUACAUCCCAAUGUCACCUUGAAAAUAUACGCAGCCAAGCUGUUCAAGCACCUGGAUAUCCGUAACCGGCAAGGUCUCAGGAACCUGGCAAUGAAUGGAGUCAUUAUACGUAUUAUGAAUCUUGCAGAUUACAGUUACUGCUGGAAAACAUUUGUUGCAUACCCACAUGGAGAAGAUGAUUAUUGGCCUUGGAACUUUGCUCCAUACAUCUUUGUGAAUUGUAGAGAGCUCUGUCAUAUCCUUUUGGACAGGGUCACCGAUUUUAGUUAA